CCGGGGGGGCGGGCGGGGGCCGGGCCGCGCCGGGCCCUGCGGCUGGAGGCGCCGUCGCGGGGGGGGCUCGGGCAGCCGCCGAGCGCCGCGGGGCUGCGGCGUCACUGCGGGCCUGCGCCGCCCGGCCGGUACCGGUACCGACACCGUUGCACCGGCACCGGCACCGCUGCACCGGAUCCGCACCGCCGCACCGGGGUCGAGACCGGCCCCGCUGCACCGCACCGGCCCCGCCGCACCGGGACCCGCCCUCCCCCGGAGCCGCCGCACCGGCACCGGCACCGGCACCGCCCUUGGCACCGGGCGCCCCCCGGGCGGGGCGGAGCGGAGUCCCCGGCCCGGUGCGGCCCGGCGCCCCGGGGCAGGCGGCGGCUCCGCGGGGCCCCGCAGGAAGCAUGGGGCCCGGCGGCGCCGGGACCGGCUGGCCCCUGGCCGGCACCGUGCUGGUGGCCGUGGCCACCUCGCUGGCGGCGGGGGGCGAGGACUGCCUGUGGUACGUGGACAGGAACGGCUCGUGGCACCCCGGCUUCGACUGCGACUUCUUCGCCUUCUGCUGCGGCACCUGCCACCAGCGCUACUGCUGCCGCGACCCGCUGCGCCUCAUCACCGAGCGCCAGCAGCGCCACUGCCUCGCCUUCAGCCCCAAGACCAUCGCCGGCAUCGCCUCGGCCGUGGUGCUCUUCCUCGCCAUCGUCACCACCAUCGUCUGCUGCUUCAUGUGCUCCUGCUGCUACCUGUACCAGCGCCGGCAGCACCUGCGGACGCCCCUGCAAGGCCCGGAGAUCCCGUUGUCGAGCUACCCCGUCCCCCCCGCCGCCCCCUACGCCGCAGACCCCAAAGCCGGCCCGGCACCCCCGCAGCCCGGCUUCGCCCCCAUGGCCGUGUACCCACCGCCCGGCCCCGCCGCCCAGUACCCGCUCUACCCGGCCGGCCCCCCCGUGUACAACCCCACAGCACCGCCACCGUACGUCCCGGCACAGCCCAGCUACCCCGGGGCCUGAGCCCCCCCCCGGCCGCCGGAUCGGGCCCCGGCGCGGGAACGGCCCCCGCGUGCAGCGCCGGCACCGGCGGCACAAAGCGGCUCUUGUGCGGGUGCCGGGCGCCUGGACACUGGGUCCUUUGUGGGCGCCUCCGCGGUGGGGGGGGGCAGGCGAUGGCCCGGCCGGCGGGUGCCCCAGGGAGACGCCGGCAUCGGGGGGCCGCCCCCCCCGACCCUCCUGCCGUCCCCGGUUUCUGGAUUUGGCUCCUUUUCCCACCCACCGGCUCGUUCCCGGCAUUAAAACCGUGUCUGCGCCCUCC